AAUAGUUCCGGUCAAAAUUCGCGUAAAACCCUAUAUAUUUCUUAUCAAUUGCGCGUGAGAUUUACUUCCACGAAACUGCUAUAUAUAUGUGUAUAUAUAAGCAUGGCGCAAGCGUUGUUCCGUUUGAAGGAGAUUCAAUCACUAAUUCUCUCUUAAUUAAAAUUUGGAGGUUUAAUUUAGAGACAUAUAUUGGAUUGGAUGGAAAAAUAUGCGCAAGUUUUCAAGCGAUUCGAUUGGAACGGGGACGGGAAGGUGUGCCCGGCGGAGCUGCAGCGGUGCGUGGGGGCGAUAGUGGGGGAGAUGACGGAGGAGGAGGCAGCGGCGGCGGUGGCGCUGAUGGAUUCGGACGGGGACGGACUGCUGAGCAUGGAGGAUUUGGUGAGAGUGGUGGAAGAGGCGGCGGAGGAGGAGAAGGCGAGCGAUCUGAAGGAGGCGUUCAAGAUGUACGAAAUGGAGGGGAGCGGGUGCAUUACGCCGUCCAGCCUCAGGCGGAUGCUCAGCAGAUUGGGGGAGCGGCGGAGCGUCGAUCAGUGCGGCGACAUGAUCGCCACCUACGAUCUCAACGCCGACGGAGUUCUCACCUUCGACGAGUUUCAACAUAUGAUGACGUCGCCCGCGCCAUGACCCUUCUUUUCUUCUAGCUAGGAAUUCUUUUCUUCUUUCUUUUCAGAUAUAUAUUCCUCACCAUUAUUUUUUUCUAUGGAUUUAUUCUUUAUAUGUAUAUGUACUAGUAUUCUUUUAUUGGAAUAUUCUUUUUAUA